AUGUUCCUCAUCAUGGUCGAUGCGUACUCAAAAUGGCUCGAAGUGCAUCCAACGAAUGUGGCAACAUCGAGAGCAACAAUUGAAAAACUUCGAUCAACAUUUGCAAUCCACGGCCUUCCUAAAACAAUUGUUAGUGAUAACGGUAGUAAUUUUUGCAGUGAAGAAUUCGAAGAAUUUCUGGCGAAAAACGGCAUUCAUCACAGAAGGACUGCUCCUUAUAAUCCAGCCUCCAAUGGACUUGCAGAACGGGCGGUCCAGACAUUUAAGGAAGGGAUGAAGAAGAUGUCAAAUAAGGAAAGUUUGGAAACCAGAAUACCGUAUCACGCCACACUCAACCACAGGGAUAUCGCCAGCGGAAAUGCUUAUGAGCAGAAAACCAAGAUCUCGCUUGGACGUACUACAUCCAGAUGUAAGACAAAGAGUACAGGACCAACAGAAGAAGGAGAAAGAGUUACACGAUCAACAUGCAGUGGAUCGACAAUUACGACCGGGUGAUUUAGUAUAUUCGAGAGAAUAUGGAAAACAACAAAAGUGGUGUCCAGGAGUGAUCAAUACACAAACCGAGCCAGUCUCCUAUACCAUACAGUUGGAAGACGACCGCGAGGUUCAUCGCCAUCAAGAUCAGGUGAUCCAUAGAGAAACACCAGAAGAAAACGAAAAUGAUGUCAUGAAUCCAGAUAUCAACCAGCAACCCGUUCCAGACCAACAAGUGGUUAGCGAAGAAAAUGCAGUUCCAACAGCCCGAUAUCCGCAAAGAGAUAGACAGACACCGGACUAUUAUUCGUGAGUAAUUACAUUAAUUUUAGAGUAUAAAACACUAAGGGACUACAAACUGUUAGGUUAUAGUGUUGACAUUAUUAGUUUAGAUGUUAUGUUGCAGGGACUCUGGUUUUAAUCCAGGAAAAAAGGAGUAUAACAUCCGGGAGUUAGCACUUCCGGCUGGAAAAAAACAGGCACCUCGAGGAGAACUAGACAGCUGUAUUAACAAGGGAGUUACUUAG